AUGGCGAAGAAGAUCAGUGCGAGUACUACUAACAAGUACUUGUUUGUAAUACAGGUUGCGCUUUUGGGAUUGAUUGCAUGGCUGGCGUUUGAUCUCGGCUUUAUUAGAGCACCGACUAAUGAUUUCGGGCUGAUCCAAAGGAACAACAACGACGAGAUAAAAAAAUAUAUAUAUGACCAGAAUACCAACGAGUCUAAAAUGACGAUUGACAGCAGCAAAUUGGUCAAUGGGAUGUGGAAGGACUAUGAUGUUGUAAAGACAAAGGCCAUCCUAAUGACGUCUGACAACGACCAUGUCAAGAUAUUUGACCUGAGCGACUCUAGUUUCAAGCAGUAUGAGCGAGAGGCAUACCUGAAAUAUUUGAACGAUAUGGGGGGCUAUGUUCCGUUUCUGAGGAUUUUGAGGUAUGGAGUGCGUAAGUUUCUGAUGGAUACACUGAAGGACAAGAUUGAAAAAUUUAAUAAUGCGCCUGUGAUGUAUGGAUGUCUUAUUAUGCCAAACACAGAAGGAGGAUACAAAUUUAUGUCUAGGCUGGAUGUUAUGGAUGUAGAGUGCACCUGGAGGGACAUUAAGUGCAUUUACAUCAAGGAGGAGAACAAAAAAUAA